CGCGCCCUGACCGGCGCCGAUGGGACGUGCCCGGAGCGCGCGCUGGAGCGGCGCGAGGAGGAGGCGAACGUGGUGCUCACCGGCACCGUGGAGGAGAUCCUCAACGUGGACCCGGUGCAGCACACGUACUCGUGCAAGGUUCGCGUCUGGCGGUACUUGAAGGGCAAAGAUGUGGUGACCCAGGAGAGCCUGCUGGACGGAGGCAACAAAGUGGUGAUUGGCGGCUUUGGAGACCCCCUCAUCUGUGACAACCAGGUGUCCACUGGGGACACCAGGAUCUUCUUUGUGAACCCUGCACCGCCAUACCUGUGGCCAGCCCACAAGAACGAGCUGAUGCUCAACUCCAGCCUCAUGCGCAUCACCCUGCGGAAUCUGGAGGAGGUGGAGCACUGUGUAGAAGACAAACCUGGGACCCACUUCACGCCAGUGCCUCCGACACCUCCGGAUGCAUGCCGAGGAAUGUUGUGUGGCUUCGGUGCCGUGUGUGAGCCCAGUGCAGAGGAUCCGGGCAGAGCCUCCUGUGUGUGCAAGAAGAGCACCUGCCCCAGCGUGGUGGCACCUGUGUGCGGCUCAGAUGCCUCCACCUACAGCAACGAGUGCGAGCUGCAGCGGGCACAGUGCAGCCAGCAGAGGCGCAUCCGCCUGCUGCGCAGGGGACCCUGCGGGACCCGAGACCCUUGCUCCAGUGUAACCUGUAGCUUUGGCAGCACCUGUGCGCGCUCAGCAGAUGGUCUGACGGCCACGUGCCUGUGCCCUGCCACAUGCCAGGGGACCCCCGAGGGCCCCGUGUGUGGCAGCGAUGGCACUGACUACCCCAGCGAGUGCCAGCUCUUGCGCCGUGCCUGCGCCCGUCAGGAAGACAUCUUCAAGAAGUUCGACGGCCCUUGCGACCCCUGCCAGGGCGCCCUCAACGACCUCAGCCGCGUCUGCCGCGUGAACCCACGCACGCGGCACCCGGAGAUGCUCCUGCGGCCAGAGAGCUGCCCUCCCCGACGGGCACCUGUGUGUGGGGACGAUGGGGUCACCUAUGAUAACGACUGUGUCAUGGGCCGAACGGGAGCCACCCGUGGUCUCCUCCUCCAGAAAGUGCGCUCUGGCCAGUGCCAGCCCCGAGACAAGUGCCCAGAGGCUUGCAGGUUCAAUGCUGUGUGCCUGUCCCGCCGAGGCCACCCCCGCUGCUCCUGCGACCGUGUCACCUGUGAUGGAGCCUACAGACCCGUGUGUGCCCACGAUGGGCACACGUAUGACAAUGACUGCUGGCGCCAGCAGGCCGAGUGUCACCAGCAGCACAGCAUCCCUGCCAAGCACCAGGGCCCGUGUGACCAGCCCCCGUCCCCCUGCCGUGGGGUGCAGUGCCCAUUUGGGGCCACAUGUGCUGUGAAGAAUGGGGAAGCUGAGUGUGCAUGUCAGCAGGCAUGUUCGGGCAUCUACGAUCCCGUGUGUGGCAGCGAUGGCGUCACGUAUGGCAGCACGUGCGAGCUGGAGGCUACGGCCUGCGCCCUCGGGCGGGAGAUCCGGGUGGCUCGCAGAGGACCCUGUGACCGCUGUGGGCAGUGCCACUUUGGAGCCCUGUGCGAGGCUGAGACUGGGCGCUGCGUGUGCCCCUCUGAGUGCGUGGCUUUGGUCCAGCCUGUGUGUGGCUCUGACGGGCGCACUUAUGCCAGUGAGUGUGAACUACACGUCUAUGCCUGCACCCACCAGAUCAGCCUGCACGUGGCCUCGGCUGGACACUGCCAGACCUGCGGAGAUACCGUGUGUGCCUUUGGGGCAGUGUGCUUGGCAGGGCAGUGUGUGUGUCCCCGGUGUGAGCGCCCUCCGCCUGGCCCUGUGUGUGGCAGCGAUGGUGUAACCUACCGCAGUUCAUGUGAGCUACGCGAGGCUGCCUGCCAGCAGCAGGCGCAGAUCGAGGAGGCCCGGGCGGGGCCGUGUGAGCAGGCUGAGUGCGGCUCAGGUGGCUCCGGCUCUGGAGAGGAUGGCGAGUGUGAGCAGGAGCUGUGCCAUCAGAGAGGCGGUGUCUGGGAUGAGGACUCGGAGGACGGGCCGUGUGUCUGCGACUUCAGCUGCCAAAGUGUCCUGAGGAGCCCGGUCUGCGGCUCAGAUGGGGUCACCUACAGCACCGAGUGUGAGCUGAAGAAGGCCAGAUGUGAAUCCCGGCAAGAGCUGUACAUCGUGGCUCAGGGAGCCUGCCGCGGCCCCACUCUGGCCCCGCUGCCACCUGCAGUUCCCCUGCACUGCACUCAGACCCCCUACGGCUGCUGCCAGGACAACACCACUGCUGCCGGGGGUGUGGGCCUGGCUGGCUGCCCCAGCUUCUGCCAGUGCAACCCACAUGGCUCCUACAGCGGCACCUGUGACCCAGCCACAGGCCAGUGCUCCUGCCGCCCGGGCGUGGGGGGCCUCAAGUGUGACCGCUGUGAGCCCGGCUUCUGGAACUUCCGUGGUAUCGUCACUGAUGGCAGGAGCGGCUGCACCCCCUGUAGCUGUGACCCCCUGGGUGCCGUGCGGGAUGACUGUGAGCAGAUGACCGGGCUGUGCUCCUGCAAGCCUGGGGUGGCUGGACCCAAGUGUGGGCAGUGUCCAGAUGGCCGUGCCCUGGGCCCUACUGGCUGUGAAACAGACUCCUUGGCACCCAAGACCUGUGCUGAGAUGCACUGCGAAUUCGGGGCAUCCUGUGUGGAAGAAGCUGGCUCUGCCCACUGUGUAUGCCCAACGCCCACCUGUCCGGGGGCCAGUGCUGCCAAGGUCUGCGGGUCAGAUGGAGUCACCUACGGCAACGAGUGCCAGCUGAGGACCAUCGCCUGCCGCCAGGGCUUGGACAUCUCUAUCCAGAGCCUCGGCCCCUGCCAGGGAGACGUCGCUUCUGACCCUCAUCCCACAUCUGCAUCCAUGGCCACCUCGGGGCUUGACUUGAGCGAGGAGUUGCUGCCCCCACCCAGCGCCCUCCCCCUGACUCCCAGCAGUACCCCCCGCAGCCGGCCCACCCCUCGACCCUCCUCACGACCUCAGACCACUGCCAGCCCCCUCAGGACCACUGCAAGGCCCAUGCUGACCAUGCCUCCCACGGCCCCCUCCACAGCAGCCAGCCUUGCCACAUCUGCCUUCGGCGAAUCUGGCAGCGCUGACGGGAGUGGCGAUGAGGAGCUGAGUGGUGACCUGGAGGCCAGCGGGGCUGGCUCAGGAGGACUUGAGCUCCCUGAGGGCAACAGUGCGGUGACCCCUGGGCCGCCCAUUGAGAGGGCCUCCUGCUACAACUCACCGAUGGGCUGCUGCUCAGACGGCAAGACGCCUUCACUGGACGCAGAGGGCUCCAACUGUCCUGCCACCAGGGCAUUCCAAGGGGUGCUGGAGCUCGAGGGGGUCGAGGGCCAGGAGCUGUUCUACACGCCAGAGAUGGCUGACCCCAAGUCAGAGCUGUUUGGAGAGACUGCCAGGAGCAUCGAGAGCGCACUGGAUGACCUCUUCCGGAACUCGGACGUUAAGAAGGACUUCCGAAGUGUCCGCCUACGGGACUUGGGGCCCGGCAGCUCAGUCCGAGCCAUUGUGGAUGUGCACUUCGACCCCACCACAACCUUCAGGGCACCUGAUGUGGGCCGGGCCCUGCUCCGGCAGAUCCAGGUGUCCAGGCGCCGGUCCCUGGGGGUGAGGCGGCCUCUGCAGGAACACGUGCGGUUCAUGGACUUCGACUGGUUUCCUGCGUUCUUCACGGGAGCCACCCCUGCUGCAGCCACAGCCAGAGCCACCACUGUGGCCCGCCUGCCUCCUUCAGCUGCGACCCCUCGGGCCUUCUACCCUAGUCACACUAGCCGGCCCGUCAGCAGGACCACAGCUCCUGCCACCACACACCAGCCACCCACCACUGCCCCCAGUCGUGUGCCUGGACGCCGGCCCCUGUCCCCAGGAACCCAGCAGCCCCCAAAGCCCUGCGACUCCCAGCCAUGCCUCCACGGGGGGACCUGCCAGGACCAGGGCUCAGGCAGAGACUUCACCUGCAGCUGCCCAGCAGGCAGGUGGGGCGCCAUCUGUGAGAAGGCACUGCGCCCCACCAUACCAGCCUUUGGGGGCCACUCCUUCCUGGCCUUCCCCACCCUCCGUGCCUACCACACCCUGCGCCUGGCACUCGAGUUCCGGGCGCUGGAGCUCCAGGGGCUGCUGCUCUACAAUGGCAACGCCAGGGGCAAGGACUUCCUGGCGCUGGCGCUGCUUGGGGGCCGUGUGCAGCUCAGGUUCGACACAGGUUCAGGGCCUGCAGUGCUGACCAGCUCCGUGCCCGUGCAGCCUGGCCGGUGGCAUCACCUGGAGCUAUCUCGGCACUGGCGCCGGGGUACACUCUCUGUGGACGGUGAGACUCCUGUCCUGGGCCAGAGCCCCAGCGGCACUGAUGGACUCAACCUGGACACAGACCUUUUUGUGGGUGGCGUCCCAGAGGACCAGGCUUCUGUGGUGCUUGAGCGGACCUCUGUCAACGUCGGUCUUAGGGGCUGUAUCCGCCUGCUGGACGUCAACAACCAGCAGCUGGACCUAAGCGUAUGGCAAGGGUCUGUGACUCGAAGCUCCCGGGUGGGCGAGUGCGGGGACCACCCCUGCCUGCCCAACCCCUGCCUCAGCGGGGCCCCGUGCCAGGCCCUGGAGGCUGGCAUGUUCCACUGUCAGUGCCCACCCGGCCGCUUUGGCCCGACGUGUGCAGAUGAGAAGGACCCUUGUCAGCCAAACCCCUGCCAUGGGGCAGCCCCCUGCCGCGUGCUGCCCCAGGGCGAGGCCGAGUGCGAGUGCCCCCAGGGCCGGGGAGGCAGCCUCUGCCAAACAGUCUUGGAGCGGGAUGGCAUCCAGCCCUUCCUGGCCGACUUCAGCAGCUUCUCCUACCUGGAGCUGAAAGGCCUGCACACCUUUGAGCGGGACCUGGGGGAGAAGAUGGUGCUGGAGGUGGUCUUCCUGGCGCGGGGCCCCAGCGGCCUGCUCCUCUACAACGGGCAGAAGGCAGACGGCAAGGGGGACUUUGUGUCACUGGCGUUGCACGACCGCCUGCUGGAGUUCCGCUAUGACCUGGGCAAGGGGGCAGCAGUCAUCAGGAGCAAGGAGCCAGUGGCCCUGGGUGCCUGGACCCGGGUCUCCCUGGAGCGGAACGGCCGCAAAGGAGCUCUGCGUGUUGGCGAUGGGCCCCGUGUGCUGGGGGAGUCCCCGAAAUCCCGCAAGGUGCCGCACACCAUCCUCAACCUGAAGGAGCCACUCUAUAUUGGGGGGGUCCCUGACUUCAGCAAACUGGCCCGGGCAGCUGCGGUGGCCUCUGGCUUCAAUGGUGCCAUCCAGCUGGUCUCCCUGAAUGGUCUCCAGCUGCUGACCCGGGAGCACGUGGUGCGGGCGGUGGACGUCUCAUCCUUUGCAGACCACCCUUGUACCCGGGCCACAGGUCACCCUUGCCUCAACGGGGCCUCCUGUCUCCCUCGGGAGGCCUCCUACGAGUGCCUGUGCCCUGGGGGCUUCUCAGGGCUGCACUGUGAGAAGGGCCUGAUUGAGAAGGCAGCAGGGGAUCUGGACGCCCUGGCCUUUGACGGACGGACCUACAUCGAGUACCUCAACGCCGUGACCGAGAGUGAGAAGGCGCUACAGAGCAACCACUUUGAGCUGAGCCUGCGUACUGAGGCCACACAGGGGCUGGUGCUGUGGAGCGGCAAGGCCACAGAGCGGGCAGACUACGUCGCACUGGCCAUCGUGGACGGACGCCUGCAGCUGACUUACGACCUGGGCUCCCAGCCCGUGGUGCUGCGCUCCACCGUACUAGUCAACACCAACCGCUGGUUGCGGGUCAGGGCACACAGGGAGCAGAGGGAAGGUUCCCUUCAGGUGGGCAAUGAGGCUCCUGUGACUGGCUCCUCCCCACUGGGCGCCACACAACUGGACACAGACGGAGCCCUGUGGCUGGGUGGCCUGGAGAAGCUGCCUGCAGGCCAGGCCCUGCCCAAGGCCUACGGCACGGGCUUCGUGGGCUGCCUGCGGGACGUGGUGGUGGGUCGGCGCCCGCUGCACCUGCUGGAGGACGCCGUCACCAAGCCGGAGCUUCGGCCCUGUCCUGCCCUGUGAGCCACACCACACCCACCACCUACCCUGCUGUAAUUAUUUUCUAUUUUUGUAAACUUGUUGCUUUUUUGAUAUGAUUUCCUUGCCCAUGUGUCGGCCGGAGGGACUGCUGGCCCAGCCUCCCUCCUAUCCAGGCAGGCGAGCUGCAGAGACAGACUUGGUGCCCAGGGACUCUCAGGGUGAUGGGGGUGGAGGUGAUGUGGCACGUGGAGGGCUUGGCUCACUUGGCAGUCUUGGGAUGUGCCCCUCUGCCUCAAGACACCGUGUCCUGGCCUCUUGGGCUGUGCCUUCCCCGUGUGUCCACUCAUGUUGGCCCUCGUGUUUUCCAGCCUGUCAGCAGACCCCACAUACACGCUGCCUAUGUUCCAUCUGGUGAGACCAGUGUCCACAGAGCAGGAGGGCCCUUCCUCUAUGCAGGCUCUAUGAGGCCUUUCUGGGGUCCCACCUGAGCCAUUCCUCCUUCCAGCAUGUGCCCGCUGGGGCUAGCCUCACCAGGGCUAGCCGAGCCAGGGCCAGCCCCUCCAGGGCCUCCUGUGCCAAUACUGUGACUUGGAAAAAAUGUCACUGUUGGGGCGACACUGCACCCUUCCCUCCAGCUGUGCCCACUAGUCGCAAGGCACUGGAGAGUGGAGGCCAGGCCCAGGCCUGUUCAGGGCACCCUGGCCGUCAGCUGGCCCUGCCCAUCCAUCCAGCCACCCUCAGCAUGGCUGUGUUCCCUCCCUGUAAGGAGUCUGAGAGGGAGCGGGGCUACUGUGUGGUAUGGUUGACGUCUACUGCCUGCUUACCUGGGCUGCAGGCAUCCUCUCUCAAGGAGGCAUGUCCAGUCCUGACCACCAACCACAGUCUUAAUGUAUUGAUUUUAUUUGACAUCUGUGGUGGUGGGGCUGUUGUCUUUCCUGUCCUGGAUUGAGGGCAGCUGAGGACACUACACAGCAAACCUCUCCAAUUCUAGUGCAAGAAGUGGCUGUCCUUAUCCAGGAAUGACCAGGAGCUGACCAAGGCCAAGGGGUAGGUGUAGGAGUGGCAGAGAUGGCUGCAAAGCCAAAAAUGCCUUAAACUGCAAUGUUAGGUUUCAUCUGGUCUGGUCUCCACUGUCUGCCUGUGUCCCGUCCUGGUCAGGGUGGCAGCCCCGAGCCUCCCACAGCCCCUCCCACAGCCAGGCCUCGGCUGUCUGGCUUAGAAGCUGGAGGGAGCCUCAUAUGUCCUGUUACUAACUCCAGUACGUGUCUGUGUCAAUCGCCGUGAAAUAAAGUCUAAACACUUUAAA